CAGAGGACCAGUCGUCCUGUGCCUGUUGCUGUGAUGAGCGCCUGCGUGUAUCUAUUGGUGGUGCUGGCUGCGUGCGCGCAUGCCGUCAACAUCUGCAUUCUGGAUGCGCCCGACGUGAAUGCGGAGCUGCAGCCCAACCCCUUAGGGGGGAUGAACAUUGUGUUGGAGAGAAGGGGUCUAUCAGAGGUGAUAGCAGUAGUCGGUCGUCAAGCAGGUGCUAUAAAGGACGUGGUGCAGGAUGGGGACGUGGUCAUCCAGUUCGCGAACGACACCACCGUGAGGAUCAGCAACGAGGAGAUCGCGGGAGAGAGGAGGGGGUACCUGCUGACCUUCACCUGGGAGGCUCCUAAGACGGUUAAGUUGGAAGACUGCGUUAAUUUGGGUACACAUCACUGGUAUGGUGGUCCUCAACAAAAACGUCAGUACUGGCCAAUUGAGCGUCUAGUUCUACCAAACUACUCUUACGUCACAAAGGAAGCCGACAACUGCGCCGUCGCUGAACCUUACUGGCUGAACUCCGAAGGCAUUUUCUACUACUUCGAUAAAAAGGUUCCACUCUUCGUCGAUCAGAAUGACCUCGAGAAAAACGCUGCCUGCUUUAUCGCACAAACGAAACCACCGUAUUCAAGCAAGAGAGACAAAAACGACCUCAUUUAUGCCAUCGGUAUAUUUGAAGAUGUGAGACAAGCUCAUGAGUUCGCUGUAGAGAAAUACCUUGAGAAGCCGACAGGAAUACCUGAUGAACGAAUGAUAACGUACCCUAUUUGGUCGACCUGGGCAAGGUACAAGAGGGAUGUGAACCACGCCACUGUCUUAAAAUUCGCAGACGAAAUCACACAUCACGGAUUCCCUAACAGUCAGCUGGAAAUUGAUGAUCUUUGGGAGACUUGCUACGGGUCCCAGAUUGUCGAUGAGAGGAGGUUCCCUAGCAUGAAGAACACGGUGGAUGUGUUGAGGGCGAAGGGUUACAGAGUGACGAUGUGGACUCAUCCGUUUAUUAAUAAGGGAUGUGAGCCUUGGUAUUCAGAAGCUAAGGCUAAAGGUUACCUGGUAUCCUCUGAGUACGGAUCCGUGGAGACGAGCUGGUGGAAUGACAACGAGACGACGACAGCCGUUAUAGACUUCACGAAGCCGGACGCGCGCCAGUGGUACCUGGACCGAAUGCACGCCUUGAAGAACUCCUCGGGAGUAGACAGCUUUAAAUUCGAUGGUGGAGAGUCUAGUUGGGCACCACAGAUCCCAGUUCUUAGAGGUGACAUCAGAGACCAGCCGGGCGUGAUAUCAGCUGAUUACGUCAGGACUGUGGCUCAGUUUGGACCUCUUGUGGAAGUCAGGGUUGGAUAUAGAACCCAGGACCUGCCGGUCUUCAUCCGUAUGAUCGACAAGGACACCUACUGGACAUACGAGAACGGUCUUCCGACCCUCAUCACAACCCUCCUCCAGAUGAACAUGAACGGCUACUCACUUGUCCUGCCCGACAUGAUCGGUGGGAACGGGUACAACGAGCCGCCGACCAAGGAGCUCUUCAUCCGGUGGCUGCAGGCCAACACCUUCAUGCCGAGCAUGCAGUUCUCUUAUGUGCCAUGGGAGUUUGAUAAUGAAACGGUAGAAAUAAGCAAGAAGUACGUGCAACUGCACGCGCAGUACGCGCCGGAGAUCAUCAAGGCGUGCCAGCGAGCGGUGGCUGACGGCUCCCCCGUCAACCCGCCGGUCUGGUGGAUCGCGCCCAAUGACACCGAAGCUCAUGAUAUUGCUGAUCAAUACCUCCUCGGCGAGAACAUCCUAGUAGCCCCAGUUAUCGAGCGCGGGGCCCGCUCGCGUGACGUGUACCUGCCCCACGGCUCGUGGCUGGCGCAAGGCGACCGCGCGCGCCCCCUGCCCGGCGGAGACUGGGUCCGCAACUACCCCGCACCGCUCGACACACUACCCUACUUUGUCAAAAACACGAUGGUGGGUCUAAAGGCGCUUGUGGUAACAGCGCUGAUCACCGGGGCCUUUUCCGCGGCAGAAGUGGUUGGGCCUUCCAUCCGCGGCGAUGAUGUCACUCUUACGUUGGAACCUGUCCUGACAGGAGGAUUCAACGUAAUUCUGAUCGAAGAAAAUGAACGUUCAACUCUAGGCCAAAUAGGCAGGACAUUAGAAGGUCCUUACACAGUCGAAGAGAUUGAAGGUGGAGUAUUUGUACAGAUCGGAAACGUAAACCUGACACUUAAAACAGUUUACGAUGCUAGUGCUAAGGCAAGAGGGAUCAAAUUUGACUGGCAGGCCAGCGCAGCCCACAGACUGGAAGACUGCAUUGAUUUUGGCUCCAAACAUUGGUACGCGGGUCCGAUGCAAGUUGAUCAACUGUAUCCAAUAGAAAACGCUACCCAGGUAUACAAAGCCAGCUAUAUCCAGGAGAUAGAUAAUGCCGCCAUCAUAGAAAGAUACUGGCUUAACUCUGCAGGAGAAUACAUAUUUGUCCACGACAAAGUCCCUCUAUUCUUUGACUACAAAAAUAUUAUGAGCAACCACAUCUGUUUCGGAGCUCAAAUUGCUGGACCUUACUCAUCUCAGAGACCACGCACAAUACUGACUUAUGAUAUGUGGUUUUUGGAAAAUGUUAAGGAAGCUCACAAACAUGCCGUAGCUAACUAUUUAGGCAAGCCAUCAGGCACGCCUGACUUCCGCAUGGUCCAGCAUCCUGUCUGGUCUACAUGGGCACAGUAUUCAAGAGAAAUUAACGACACGAAACUUUUGGACUUCGCUCAGCAAAUCAGGGAUCAUGGUUUUGAAGAUUCUCAGCUUGAAAUCGACGACCAAUGGGAAUUGUGCUACGGGUCUCUGACGGUAGAUGAGGCGAAGUUCCCGGAUUUCAAAAAGACGAUUCAGGACAUUAGGGCUCUGGGCUACAGGGUCACAAUCUGGGCGCAUCCGUUCAUCAACAAUAACUGCGAGCCUUGGUACUCUGAGGCCUUGAGAAAUAACUACUUCGUCGUAGAUGAGACGGGCAACCCGAACACUUCCUGGUGGAACAACAACGGGUCCAUCCCGGGAUACAUCGACUUCACGAAUCCGGAGGCGGCUGAGUGGUACUACCAGAGGAUGAAGGCUGUGCUCGACACCUACGAUAUAGACAGCGUGAAGUUUGACGCUGGAGCGGCUCCGGAGAUCGCUGUCCAGAGGGGUGACAUCGAACUGCAGCCGCAUCAUCUUGUUCAAGCGUACGCCAAACUAUGCGCACGAUUUGGUGGCAUGGUUGAAUUCAGAGCUGGAUUUAGGACUCAAGACCUCCCUAUCUACGUUCGGAUGUGCGAUCGCGACUCCAUCUGGGGCCUCAACAACGGCCUGGCCACUACCAUCACGACGACCUUCCAGAUGAACCUGAACGGGUACCCCUUCGUCUUACCUGACAUGAUCGGAGGGAACGGUUUUAAUUUGGAACACGAGCAAGCUGACCUGCCGACUAAGGAGCUGUUCAUCAGAUGGGUCCAAGCCAACACCUUCUUACCAGUGAUGCAGUAUUCGUAUGCUCCAUGGAAUUUUGACAAUGAGACUGUACAAAUCAGCAAGAAGUACACCGAGCUGCACGCGCAGUACGCGGAGCUGAUAUUCUCGGCCAUGGAGGCGGCCGUCAGCGACGGCACGCCCGUCAACACGCCGCUCUGGUGGAGCGACCCUAACGACCAAGAGGCGCUGCUUAUAUGGGACGAGUACCUCCUAGCCGAAACUAUCCUAGUAGCCCCGGUGUUGACCGAGGGCGCUACCUCCCGAGACAUCUACCUGCCCGCCGGCACCUGGUACGAGGAGGGCGACCGCGCGAGGGCUGUCGAAGGCCCCAUCUGGAUCAAGAACCACCCCGCACCGCUAGACGUGCUCCCAUACUUCGUCAGAGACAAACAGAAUGUUCCCGACGCCGGUACUACUCUCUACACGUCUGCUGCCCUAGUACUUUUAGGCUUGGUAGCGAACAUUGUUCAUUUGAUUUAA